UCCCGCAUCCCCCGGCCAGUCACUCCGGGACUCUCAGGAUCCUCCAGGAUCUUCCAGGAUCUGUAUCUAUUCCUGCGAUGCUCGUCCACAGCUGAGACGUUUCUCUGCUCACCAGCUGAUCUGAGAGUUUUGGAUCCAGAGGUGAAGGAUGUCGGACGUCUACGAGACGGUGGAGUCGGAGACCAACGGUUCCUCCAAACGCCAGUCUGCAGGCCAAUCGCGGCAUGGAGCCACCGUCAGUUUCCAUAACAUCUACUACAAGGUGACACAAGGAGGAAGCUGCUGCUGCCGGAGGAAAGCCACGAUUAAAGAGAUCCUCCUCGACCUCAAUGGCCUCAUGAAGCCUGGUCUGAACGCCAUCAUGGGAGCGACGGGAAGCGGCAAGUCAUCGUUCCUGGAUGUUUUGGCCGCCAGGAAAGACCCGGCGGGCCUGACGGGAGAAGUGCUGAUCGACGGAGCGGCUCAGCCGCCGAACUUCAAGUGUCUGUCUGGAUAUGUGGUCCAGGACGACGUGGUGAUGGGAACUCUGACGGUCAGGGAGAACUUCACGUUCUCGGCAGCGCUGCGUCUCCCGGCGAGCAUCUCUCAGCAGGAGAAGGAGCAGAAAGUCAACACUCUGAUCUCGGAGCUGGGACUGGGACGAGUGGCCGACUCCAAGGUCGGCACUCAGCUGAUCCGCGGCAUCUCCGGCGGCGAGAGGAAGAGGACCAACAUCGGCAUGGAGCUGAUCAUCGACCCGGCCGUCCUGUUCCUGGACGAGCCCACGACGGGCCUGGACGCCAGCACGGCCAACUCCGUGCUGCUGCUGCUCAAGAGGAUGGCAAACAAUGGCCGCACCAUCAUCCUCUCCAUCCAUCAGCCUCGAUACAGCAUCUACCGACUGUUCGACAGCCUCACGCUGCUCGUCAACGGCAAGCAGGUUUACCACGGCCCGGCGCCGAGGGCUCUGGAGUAUUUCUCCGACAUCGGCUACACCUGUGAGCCCCACAACAACCCCGCCGACUUCUUCCUGGAUGUGAUCAACGGAGACUCCACGGCCGUCGCCCUCAACGGCGGGAAGAUGGAAGAUCCACGUCCGGACCCGGGUUCAGAUCCAGAUUCAGUGUCGCUGUCCAGGAGAGGGAUCGAGGAGAAGCUGGUGGAGGAGUACAGGAACAGCCACGACUACAAACAGACCAAAGCAGAGCUGGAGAGGAUCAUUCAGGGAAAACAGCUGAGCAGCACGGCUCCGUCCAGAACCAUCACCUACACCAACGGCUUCCUGACCCAGUUCAGAUGGGUGCUCAAGAGAACCUUCCGCAACCUGAUGCUGAACCCCCAGACGUCCAUCGCUCAGGUUGCCGUGACGAUCUUCCUCGCUGUGAUCGUUGGAGCUUUUUUUUUUGACGUCCAAGACAAUCAAAGUGGAAUCCAGAACAGGGUGGGCUCCCUCUUCUUCAUCGUGGUGAACCAGUGUUUCAGCUCGCUGUCGGCGGCCGAACUCUUCAUCGCCGAGAGGAAACUCUUCGUUCACGAGUCGAUCAGCGGCUACUACAGAGUUUCUGUCUACUUCCUGUGCAAGAUCCUGUCUGACAUCAUCACGCUGAGGACCAUCCCCGCCAUCACCUUCACCUGCGUCGCCUACUUCAUGAUCGGUCUGAAGCCGACGGUGGAAGCCUUCUUCAUCUUCAUGUUCACCACGGCCAUGGUGGCCUACACGGCCACCGCCAUGGCCCUGGCCAUCUCCGCCGACCAGACCGUGGUCGCCAUCGCCAACAUCUUCAUGACCAUCGCCUGCGUCUUCAUGAUGAUCUUCGCAGGUUUGCUGGUUAACGUUCCCUCCAUGAUCAGUUGGCUGGCGUGGUUGAAGUACCUCAGUAUUCCCAGAUAUGGACUCAGCGCUUUGCAGGCCAACGAGUUUACGGGGCUGAACUUCUGCAAGGGGUUAAACCACUCCGUCAUCCCCCCGGGAUUCGCCUGCACAGGCGAGCAGUUCCUGGAGGACCAGGGCGUGGAGUUCUCCACCUGGGGCCUCUGGCAGAACCACGUGGCCCUGGCCGUCAUGACCGUCGUCUUCCUCGCCAUCGCUUACCUCAAACUGCGCUUCAUCCGGAAGUUCACCUAGACCUCCGUCGCUGCCGUCGCCACGGUAAUGGGAUCCAGGAGCCGUGGCCGAGAGCUCUGCAGCUCCGGAACGUCCUUUACUUUCUUACAGACGCGGUUUGUAAUCUUCCAGGUUCAGCUUUUCAUUUACCGCUGAGUCGUGUGACGGACUGUGAUCUUGUUUGUAAAAUGAUCUGAUGAAGACGUGAAGUUACCGAUGAUUACUCACUCCUUAUGAACGUUUAACACUGGGUUUUUAAGUCGUUUAAACUGUGUCCUGAUUGUUGCACUGAAGCCAUGAAAACAGAUUGUAAUUUUAUAUAUUUGUAAAUAUUUACAAAAUAAAAUACUCAAUUUACA